CGCACCUCUUCUUGCAUUUCCAUUAUCCAACCCAUGCACCAGACACCCGGAGUCCCGCCGUGUUUGUAAGCCACCCAACUGCCCACUACGCGCCCAAUCCAACCACAGGCUCCGUGACCGACGCCCUCUCCCACCUUCCCACCUUCCCACCCACACGCGACCCAGCUUCGACGUGGAGCUCUGGGGAUCGCUCCACCCCACACGAUGAUGCAAUCAACGCGCAACUGGCUGCGGCGCAACCGCACAAACUUCGCCAUCGGCGCCGGCGUCCUCGGCACCGCCUACCUAGCCGGCCAAUAUGCGCUGGGCAAGUUCAGCGAAGCACGACAGCGCAUGAGCGAGGAGCGAAUCGCAAAGGAGAACCUGCGCCGGCGCUUCGAGCAGAACCAGGAGGACUGCACGUUCACUGUGCUGGCUAUCUUGCCGACGGCGACAGAGAAAAUCCUCGAUGCGAUACCCGUGGAGCAGGUGCUGGAGGAGCUGCAGAGGCAGAAGGCGGAGAGGCUGGCGAGGAGCGUGGGGCCGAGCGAGAUUGCGAGUAGUGCGCCGCCGAGCGUGGUGGACACGACGGAGGACGGCACGAGGAGCGAGAGUGUGCAGACCAGCGCGGAGAGUUAUGUGCAUGCCAGUCAGGCUGCGCUGGAGCGCGAGCCGAGGACGGUGGCGGGCGAGACAAGCACAGAAGCCACAGGCGACAGAGACAAGGCUAGGGCGAGCAGGAAGAGCAAAGCGCAGCUGUGGAACGAGAUGAAGAUAGGCUCAAUCACCCGCGCCUUCACCCUCCUAUACACAAUCUCCCUCCUCACACUCCUCACGCGCAUCCAGCUCAACCUCCUCGGCCGCCGCAACUACCUCGCCUCGGUCGUCUCGCUCGCAUCACCUCCCCCCGCAGACUCCGCGUCCCGCAUCAAGCUCGAGAACAAUGACGACGACAACCUCGAGCAAGCCUACGGCAACGACUUCGAGACAAAUCGGCGCUACUUGAGCCUCAGCUGGUGGUUGCUCCACCGCGGCUGCAUAGACCUGAUCGAGAGGGUCCGCGGAGCCGUCGAGGAUGUGUUCGGGCUGCUGAACCCGAGAGAGGAAAUCACGAUCGAGAAGUUGAGUGAGCUGACGCUCCAAGUACGCAAACGCGUUGAAGGCGCCACGGAAGAGGAGCGGCGCACGCGCAAGUGGCUCACGUACCUCCUCCCACCCACCGACCAAGAAGACUUCGUCCUCGCCGAGUCCGGAAUGACAAGCAGCUCCCAAUCCACAUCGCCCACUACCACAACCUCCCUCCGCCGCCUCAUCGACGAAACAUCCGACAUAAUCGACUCCCCCGCCUUCACCUCCGUGUUGACCCGCCUGCUCGACGCCUCCUUCAGCCACCUCAUCGACGUCAAAAUCUCGCAACUGAGCUACAAAAUCCCACCAAUCUCCGCCGACAGCGCGCGCGUGACGGAAAUCGUCGGCGAGGGCGUGAAAGCCAAGGUCGCAAACUCUCUGGCGGUGUUUUCUCGGCAGGCGCAUAACAUUGGUACGGGCGCGAACAAUGACUAUCUCGAGAAAAUUGAGGGAGUUGGCGAGUUGGAGGCUUUCGCCGCAGUGGUGUAUAGUAGUAAUUUCGAGUUUGAGAGUCCUGCGCUGGGUGCUGAGGGGGCGACGGGGGCCACGGCUGUCGAUACAAAGGAGUUGACGGCAUUGAAAGAUGAAGUCAAGGAGGAGAUUGAGAAGGCCGAGGAGAGCUUCGAGAGCGCGUGGGAUAAGGCUGUCGCCAAGUAGAGCAUCGAAAGGUGGGUUCGCAAACCAUGUCAGAGGAGGAUGGCUCCGGUGCCGGCUACAAGUCACUUUGGGACAGAGCUGGGCUAGACGUUUGGAUGUUGAAUGAAU